AGCGCAUUACGAUGUAAACACAUCAAAACAACCACACACGUGCGAAUCUCUUAUCAUCAUCAAUCGUAAUAAUAAUGAAUUCGAUUGCAUCAAAAGAUUUUUGUGCUCGUUGUGGUUCGGUAUUACCGUUACCAACUUUUGAAGAUUUUUCAUCAUCCGUUAUAUGUCCAAUCUGUAAUCUAACUGUUGAUGCUAAACAUUUUGAUGGACAAGCAACAACCGUACAAAGAAUAUGGUUUAAUCCACGAUCAAAUCUAAAUAAACAACGAAACAAAGAAAUCAAUGCUGAUGGUCCAGUUGUUGAACGUAAAUGUGAACGUUGUGGUCAUGAUAAACAAACAUUUGCUACAUUACAAACACGUUCAGCUGAUGAAGGCCAAACCAUUUUCUAUACAUGUUUAAAAUGUGGUGCUAAAGAAAAUGAAAAUUCAUAAUUUUAUCUUUUAUAUUUUUAUUUAAUGAAUAUAAUGUAAAUAUUUUCACAAUAUAAAUUUUAUGAA